UAAACGGAAGAAGAAGGAGAAGAAGAGGAGGAGGAGGAGGAGGAGGAGGUCUCUGUGUAGAGGUUCUGGCCGAACAUUAACAUGGAGACAGUAAAUUAAUUUUUUAGUAAAACCUCUCAGAAAGAAGAAGAAGAAGAAGAAGAAGACGGAGCAAAUAGCAGGAAGGAAGGAAGGAAGUGACGCUCAGGUGUAGACACAGUCCAGAGUCACCUGUCCGGAACUUGCAGACUUCUUCAUGACUGCGAACGUGUUGGUGUUGUUCUUCGCUCAGAGCAGAGAACUGACCGGACUGAAGCAGGAGGAGGUCGCUGCCGUGCCGACACCAAUCAGCAGCCAGGACCUGUGGAGACUGUUGCUACGGCGACACCCCAGACUUUCCGUCCUCCAGGACCAGGUGGUGUUGGCGGUGCGUCAGCAGUACGUUGCCAUCGGCGACCAGGUGGUAACCCUGGGAGACGGGGACGAGGUGGCCGUGGUGCCGCCGCUCAGCGGAGGAUAACACACAAACACACACACACACACACA